UUUUCAACAACCGUGUUUAACGGUCGUAUUUCUUCUAUCGCGUUACGCUUAAAAAAUCGACAAAAUGUCAAUGUUAUCGUUUCUCUUAACUACUCUCACGGGUCUGUUAGUCGCUCUUUUUCUACACUUACGCAAAAAGUUGUCCUACUGGCAAAUGUUGGGUGUUAAGUGUGAGGAACCGCAUAUGCUGCUGGGCAAUCUAAAAGGAGUACAAACCAGUCGAGGUUUCUACGAAAUCUGGCAAGAUUAUUAUGAUAAAUUCCGUGGCAGUGGUCCUUUUGUGGGUUUUUAUUGGUUUUACAAACCGGCUGUAUUUGCUUUGGAGCCUCAAUUAAUUAAAAAUAUUUUAAUAAAAGAUUUUCAAAACUUCACCGAUCGUGGCUUCUUUCAUAAUGAAAAAGAUGAUCCUUUAUCGGGACAAUUGUUUCUGUUGGAUGGCUUGAAAUGGAAAAAUAUGAGAAAUAAACUAUCGCCUACGUUUACCUCGGGUAAAAUGAAAUUUAUGUUUCCCACAGUUAUACGAGUGGGAGAGGAAUUUAUUGAGGUUUUCGAUAGAAUGGUUAGGGAACAAGAUAGUAUUGUAGAGGUUAAGGAGUUGCUGGCCCGUUUUACCACCGACGUCAUAGGCACUUGUGCUUUUGGCAUUGAAUGCAGCAGUUUAAAAGAUCCCAAUGCGGAAUUUCGAGUAAUGGGUCGUAAAGCCUUAGUGGAGCAGAGACACAAUCGUUUAGUUAUAGCCUUUAUGGCCAGUUUUAUAGAAUUAGCCCGUAAGUUGCACUUCAAACAGACGCCCGAUGAUAUAGAAGCAUUUUUCAUGCGCAUAGUCAGAGAAACAGUGGAAUAUCGUGAGAAAAAUAAUAUCAGACGUAAUGAUUUUAUGGAUAUGUUGAUUGAUUUGAAAAAUAAGAAAUUGAUUAAAACCGAACAUGGUGAUGAAUUGACUAAUUUAACCAUAGAUGAAAUAGCUGCCCAGGCUUUUGUAUUUUUCACUGCGGGCUUUGAGACUUCCUCCACGACCAUGGGCUUUGCUUUAUAUGAAUUGGCUCAAAAUGAAGAGGUGCAGGAGAGAGCCCGACAGGAAGUUUUAAAGAAUUUCGCCAAACAUGAUCAGAAAUUUACGUACGAGUGCAUGAAGGAUAUGGUAUAUUUGGAGCAAGUAAUGGCAGAAACACUUCGCUUGUACACAGUUUUGCCCAUACUAAAUCGCUCCUGUUUGGAAGAUUAUGUGGUGCCAGGCCAUCCCAAUUUGGUGAUCAAAAAAGGCAUGCCUAUUAUAAUACCCAUCGGAGCUAUACAUCGUGAUGAGAAAUAUUAUCCCGAACCGCUUAAAUUCAAUCCAGAUAACUUUUCUCCUGAUAAGGUGGCUGAACGUGAUUCAGUCUUAUGGCUGCCAUUCGGUGAGGGUCCACGCAAUUGCAUUGGUUUACGUUUUGGUAAAAUGCAAACUAUUAUCGGUUUAGCUUUACUCUUAAAGAAUUUCAAAUUCUCGGUCUGCUCUAAAACUGAAAUACCUUUAACACUGAGUAAAAAAAGUUUUCUAUUAAGUACCGAGAAGGGUAUUUAUUUGAAAGUUACUAAAGUGGAAAUCUUUUACCGAAAUAUGGUUAGAUCAUUUAGUCAUCCGGCGGUGUUUAUCUUAGAUACUGAACUAAUGAAAACUAUAUUGAUAAAAGAAUUUCAUAAAUUUGCCGAUCGUGGUUUCUUUCAUAAUCCUGAAGAUGAUCCCUUGACGGGUCAGCUGUUUAUGUUGGAUGGUGCGAAAUGGAAAACUUUAAGACAAAAGCUUACUCCUGCCUUUUCAUCAGGCAAAAUAAAGUUAAUGUUUUCCACAGUUAAUAAAGUGGCCGAAGAAUUGGUAAAGGCUUUGGAGAAAAAGUCCAAAGAGGAGGAGGAUGGUGUAGUAGAACUAAGAGAUAUUUGUACCGAUGUUAUAGGCUCUUGUGCUUUUGGCAUAGAGUGCAAUAGUUUAACUAAUCCCGAGGCCAAAUUUCAUAUAAUGGGAAAACGUCUACUGACCGAACAACGACAUGGUGAAUUGGGUCAAGCUCUGAUAUUUAAUUUUCCUAAAUUGGCUAAAAAAAUGCACUGGAAAUUGGUACCCGACGAAGUAAGCGACUUCUUUAUGGGUCUAGUUAGAGACACCAUAAACUUUAGAGAAGAAAAUCAAGUCAAGCGUCAUGAUUUUAUAGAUAUUUUAAUGGAAUUGAGAAAUAAUAAAGCCAUUAAAGCGGAAAAUGGGGAAGAAUUCAUCAAUUUAAGUUUAGGGGAAAUGGCGGCACAAAUAGUAUUAUUCUUUACGGCAGGCUAUGAGACCUCCUCCACAACUUUAGGUUUUUGCUUAUAUGAGUUAGCUCGACAUGAGUCCAUACAGGAGAAAUUGAGAGAGGAAAUAAAUGAAAUCUGGCUGAAAUAUGACAAAACCUUUAACUAUGAAAGCUUAAAAGAAAUGGUAUAUUUGCAUCAAGUUUUACAAGAAACUCUACGUCUGUAUACCAUUGUGUCCGUUCUGAACCGUUGCUGCUUGGAGGAUUUUCCGGUUCCCGGCCAUCCUAAAUAUGUUAUCAAAAAGGGCAUGAAUGUUCUAAUACCUGUCAUAGGUGUUCACCGUGAUGAAGAGUUUUAUGCCAAUGCCAAUGACUUUAAUCCCGACAAUUUCUUACCCUCUAAGGUUCUUGAACGUGAUUCUAUUUUACAUUUACCUUUUGGCGAAGGACCACGUAAUUGUAUUGGUUUACGUUUCGGUGUCAUGCAAACCCGUUUGGCAUUGGCUUUGCUAGUGCAAAAUUUCAAAUUCUCCAUUUGUGAGCGUACCCAAAUACCACCAGUAUUCGAUAAAAAUGCCUACUUUUUGGGACCCGAGAAGGGUGUUUAUUUGAAAGUUAAGAAAUUGUAAAUUUAUUUUUAAGAAAAAAACUUUUGAGAUUAUUUUGA